AUGAUUGUCCGGCAAGUGUGCAUGCGGCAGAGUCGCCAGCUCCUUGCCCUCAACCGACCCCGUGUUUUCUCCCGUUUCCUCUCAACCGAUGAAGGGCGGUUUACAAGCAUUCCUGAAAUCCGGUCUGCCUCUGAGCCGGAACAGUACUCGCGGGAUGCCUCAAAACAAAAAUUCCGCAGCCUGGGCAGCGCCGUCAAGGAACCGUACGAACCGGAAGAUAUCCUGCGGAACCCGCCUACCCCAGGAGACAUUACAUUGGAACUGCUACUGGCCUCGCAAACGCACCUAGGCCACUCGACGUCGCGCUGGAACCCGCAGAACUCAAGCUACAUCUUCGGCAUCCGCGAAGGGGUGCACAUCAUCUCGCUGGACGUGACGGCGACACACCUCCGGCGCGCGGCCAAGGUAGUCGAGGAGGUUGCGGCGCGCGGCGGGCUGAUCCUCUUCGUGGGCACGCGCAAGGGCCAGAAGCGGAUCGUGGUGCGAGCCGCCGAGUUGGCGAGCGGGUACCAUCUCUUCGAGCGGUGGAUUCCGGGUAGCCUGACGAAUGCGCAGCAGAUCCUCGGCCACUGCGAGAUGAAGGUUGUCAAUGCGUUGGACGAGGUGCUUCCUCAGUUCAGCAACGGCAAGAACAGCACCGCCGGGGCUGGAGGGGCGGCGGAGGAGGAGGAGGGGGCGGAGCGCCCGGCCCUCAAACCAGAUCUGGUUGUCUGUCUGAACCCGCUGGAGAACGUGGUCUUGCUGCACGAGUGCGCCCUCAACAACAUCCCCACCGUGGGUAUCAUCGACACCGACGCCGACACCACAAAGGUCACCUAUCCGAUCCCUGCCAACGACGACUCCCUGCGCAGCGUGGGCGUCAUCGCGGGAAUUCUCGGCCAGGCCGGCUAUGCGGGCCAGCUGCGGAGACUCCGUGAGGCCGAACACGGGAGGUUGACUUAUUCUCCUACAUUCUCUGCCAAGGAGACGUGA